AUGUGGAGGCGCUUCGGACAGUGCAUUGCACUCGCAACACUUGGGCUCAGCGUCUCGUCGGUGUUGGCGAUCCCUUCGCAGCUAAGCAGUCAACCUUCGCAGCCAAGCAGUCAUCAGUCUGGCGGAGAGGAGCACAUCGUCGUCAUCGACAAGAGCAAACCAGUCCCUGCAAAGGUCGAGGAAAUCCUGCGUCAACUGGAUCUGAACACAACACAUCCCGAUGUCCGGCAUAUCUUUAAUAACAGCUACUUCCAAGGCUUCUCUGCCUCCAUGAAGUCUCACUGUCUCGACCUGUUGGCCAAUAUGACCGAAGUAACCAUGGUAGAAAAGGCGACAACGGUCUCCCGCGGCAAUGUUUACAGCACGCGCCCAAAUGCCCCGUGGGGCUUGCAACGAAUCUCUACGGCGUUGGCCCUGAAGGGCAGCGAAUCUUCCUUGGAUUACACGUACAAUUUCGCCGACGAUUCGCUCGGCAACGGUGUUGAUAUUUACAUACUGGACACUGGUCUCUACGCACAGCACAAUGUCUUUGGUGGACGCGCAAAUAUGCUAUGGUCAUUCGAUGGAGACAUGCGAGACAACGACGGCCACGGCACGCAUGUCUCUGGUACGGCCGCGGGUUCAAUCCUCGGAGUGGCUUCGAAAGCUCAACUCUAUGGUGUCAAGGCUCUCGACUCCAACGGUCUUGGCUCGUCGUCCGAUGUCAUCGCAGGCAUAGACUAUGUUAUUAGACGUCACGAGGAGCAGCUUCGAUCUGGCAAGGACUACACAGGUUCGGUCAUAUCAAUGUCCCUGGCGACGUCAGAGCCUGUGCAAGCAAUCGAUGCUGCAGUCUCUGCUGCGCUCGCAGCUGGCAUUCAUGUAUGUGUGGCGGCUGGCAACAAUGGUGAAGAUGCUUGUCAAUCGUCACCCGCUUCCUCCGGAGGAUCGAAAGGUUCAGCGAUCACCGUCGGCGCGAUUGAUAUGGAUAACCAGCGAGCCUCCUUCUCGAAUCACGGCUCCUGUGUAGACCUGUACGCGCCUGGAGUCAACAUAAUCUCAAGCUGGAUCGGCAAGCCGAACAUGGUCAACUCGCUGUCAGGGACUUCAAUGGCGACUCCGCACGUUACAGGUAUCAUUGCUUAUGCCAUGAAGAACAAGACUUUGGCAGCGAGUCCGAGCCUGAUGAAGGAAUGGCUCCGAAUGACGGCAUUGCCGCUCGAGGAUGGCACACUGUCGGCAAACAAUGGUGUUCAUGCCAGUAAGAGCUCUCGUAGGGCGAUGAACGCGCCGAUCAACAGGGCUCGCAUCGGGCAGAGAAAUGUAUGGGCGUACUCGACAACCAAAGUUCCCAUUGCUGGCGUAGCUCAGCUUCGAAAGUAG